UAGGCCACUAGUUCCUUGCCAGAGAGUUUGACCACAGAGAGUCGCCAAGAUAGCUGGGCCAGGAAGAAAACGUCGCACCCCUGACCCAGACUCCAUCACCGACCCCGGCGGGCCGUUUGUGUCCUCCAAACGGCUGAAAAUGUCCAGCAGCACCAAUGCCCCUGGCCAGAGGAGAGUGUCUCGGGGCUUGGAUGAUGCCACCAACAAGAAGAAGCAGAAGGAUCGAGCCAACCAGGAGAGCAAGGAAGUGUCUCGCCCUGAGCUCGAGCAGGCUGAGAGUGCCCAGGAGAAGGACUCAGAGGAGGAGCUGCUGCUGGACUGGAAGCAGAACGCUGAUGAGAUCAUUGUCAAGCUGAACUUGGGCAGUGGAGCUCUGAAGGUGGAGGAUGUGGACGCUGCUUUCACCGACACGGACUGUGUGGUCAAACUACCAGAUGGGCGCCAGUGGAGCUGUCAGUUCUACGAGGAGAUUGAGAGCUCCUGCAGCAAGGUCCAGUGCAAGAAGGGCAACUUUCUACAACUUGUGCUUCAGAAGAAGAUCCCACUGCAUACCUGGUCUUCGCUUCUGAAGAGAAGGAAAGAUGGAUCCAAAGAGCUAGCCAAAGGGGCCAUGUGCUGGGAGAAUGGGAAGGAGAAGACUGCUUCUGCAGAGGUGGCCCCUGAAGAGCCGAGGGCUGAAGGUGCAGAGCUGCCGAGGUCCCGGCGGGAGCCCUCCAACCCCAAGCGCGCUCCGGGAAGAAGUGAGGCCCUGGGAGGGAAAAGCCCAGCCAGCCCAGGGACACAGAGCGGCCCCAGCGCCAAGCGGGCAGUAUACCUCAAAGUGGCUCCCACUGAAGAGGAGCCAAAUGCCAGAGUCACUGGGAGUGUGGAGCCCAGCAAAGGACACAGCGGGAGGGCAGGCAGCCGCCGCAAUGGCAGAGCCAGCCAGGUUGAUGCGCCCACGGCCCUCGCAGACCUCGCACCGCCACUGGAAAAGGCUGUGGUUUUGACCAAGGAGACUGUUCCUGUGGAGAUACCACCUCUUGCGGCUACCACAGAGGUGUUCCCCCACCGUGUUGCCACCUGCGUGGAGAAGAGAGUCCUGCAGCCAGGCAGCCCUGCUGAGGCCUUGCAGGGCCGGGACUGCACAGCUGUCCUGGGAGAGAGCUCUACGGCUGUUCCGGCGGCCACCCCUUCCCUCGGCAGAGAUGGUGAGAAGAGGGACUGGUCCAAGGAUGAUGUGGCUCUGGAAGCAGCAGCUGAUGAGCCAGAACCUUUUGUGAGCCUGACCUUUGUCAAGAAUGACUCAUACGAGAAGGGCAAUGACCUGGUGGUAGUGCACGUCUAUGUGAAGGAGAUCCACAAGGAGACGUCCAAGGUGUUGUUCCGGGAGCAAGACUUCACGCUGGUGUUCCAGACGAGCGACACAAACUUCCUUCGCCUCCAUCCUGGCUGUGGGCCCCACACAGUGUUCCGGUGGCAGGUGAAGCUCAGGAACCUUAUUGAGCCGGACCAGUGCACAUACAACUUCACGGUGUCUCGCAUCGACGUCUGCCUGAAGAAACGCCAGAGCCAGCGCUGGGGGGGGCUGGAGGCUCCAGCCACACGAGGUGCAGUGGGUGGUGCAAAGGUUGCCAUGCCUACAGGCCCUACCCCUCUGGACAAGAACCCCCCGGGCAGUAACCAGCACCCCCUGUCCAGCAAGGAGGAGGCCCGAGCCAGUGACAAAGAGAAACCACGCGUGGAAGAUGGGGGUCUGGAUGGCGUGGCAGCCCGUACAGCCCCAGAGCAUGUGGCAGUGAAGCAAGAGCCGCACAUUCCCUCGCCCAAACCGACAUGCAUGGUGCCACCAAUGACACACAGCCCUGUGAGCACCGAGAGUGUGGAGGAUGAUGAGGAUGAGGACGAGAAGAAGAAGGUGUGUCUGCCUGGCUUCACUGGGCUGGUGAACCUGGGCAACACCUGCUUCAUGAACAGCGUCAUCCAGUCCCUGUCCAACACCCGAGAGCUGCGUGACUACUUCCAUGAUCGGUCCUUUGAGUCAGAAAUCAACUACAACAACCCACUGGGGACAGGGGGACGCCUGGCCAUUGGCUUUGCCAUGCUGCUGCGAGCGCUGUGGAAGGGCACGCACCAUGCCUUCCAGCCCUCUAAACUGAAGGCAAUCGUGGCCAGCAAGGCCAGCCAGUUCACUGGCUAUGCCCAGCACGAUGCUCAGGAGUUCAUGGCCUUCCUGCUUGAUGGCCUGCAUGAGGACCUCAACCGGAUCCAGAACAAGCCCUACACAGAAACUGUUGACUCAGAUGGGAGGCCCGAUGAGGUGGUAGCUGAGGAGGCCUGGCAGCGACACAAGAUGAGGAAUGACUCUUUCAUUGUGGACCUCUUCCAGGGCCAGUACAAAUCCAAGCUGGUGUGCCCAGUGUGUUCCAAGGUGUCCAUCACCUUCGACCCCUUCCUGUACCUCCCUGUGCCCCUCCCGCAGAAGCAGAAGGUGCUGACUGUCUACUACUUUGCAAAGGAGCCGCACAAGAAACCCAUCAAGUUUCUUGUGAGUAUCAGCAAGGAGAAUUCUAGUGCCAUGGAGGUACUUGACUCGGUGGCCCAUAGUGUGCGUGUGAAACCAGAGAACCUGCGCCUGGCAGAGGUGAUCAAGAAUCGGUUCCACCGCAUGUUCCUGCCGUCCAACUCGCUGGACACAGUCUCCCCCACGGACCUGCUGCUCUGCUUCGAGGUGCUGAGCCCAGAACUGGCCAAGGAGCGGGUAGUGGAGCUGCAGGUCCAGCAGCGUCCACAGGUGCCCAGUGGCCCCGUUGCCAAGUGUGCAGCCUGCCAGAAGAAGCAGCUGCCAGAGGAUGAGAAGCUUAGGCGCUGCACGAGGUGCUAUCGAGUUGGUUACUGCAAUGUGGCAUGUCAGAAAACACACUGGCCAGACCACAAGGCCUUGUGCCGCCCCGAGAACAUCGGUUUCCCCUUCCUCAUCAGCGUGCCGGAGUCCCGCCUCACCUAUGCCCGCCUGGCCCAGCUGCUGGAGGGCUACGCAAGGUACUCAGUCAGCGUGUUCCAGCCUCCAUUCCAGCUGGGACGGAUGUCGCCAGAGCAGGGCCUGCAGCCUCUGGUCCCAGACAAGUUGGAGCCCCUGGCCAAGAGCAGCUGUGCAGCAGCCACCUCUGCCCCCGAGCUGGGGGAUGGGGACAGGGCUUCCAGCCUCCUGCAGGAGCCCCCACUCUCACCAGCUGUGCCUGAGUUGCACCCGGAGCUGGGGGACACUGGCACUGUCCGGAGCAAGGUCCUGGCGGCCAGGAGUUCCCUGCUGAGCUUGGAUUCGGGCUUCUCCGAGCACAUGGAGUCGCAGGGCGACAGCUGUUGUGAGAAGGAGCCGUCCUAUGAGAGAGCCCUCAAGCCAGAAGCUGCCAUCCCUGGGUACCAACACACUCCAGACUUGCUCAGUGCCCGCGCCACGCAGUUCUACAUCAACAAGAUUGACGCUGCUAACCGAGAACACAAGCUGGAAGAUAAAGGUGACACCCCCCUGGAGCUGACAGACGACUGCUCCCUCGCCCUGGUGUGGAAGAACAAUGAGCGCCUCAAGGAGUUUGUGUUGGUGGAGUCCAAGGAGCUGGAGUGCGUGGAGGACCCGGGCUCAGCCAGUGAAGCAGCCCGGGCUGGCCACUUCACCCUGGAGCAGUGCCUCAAUCUCUUCACCAAGCCCGAAGUCCUGGCCCCAGAGGAAGCAUGGUACUGCCCCAAGUGCAAGCAGCACCGCGAGGCCUCCAAGCAGCUGAUGCUGUGGCGGCUGCCCAACGUCCUCAUUAUCCAGCUCAAGCGCUUCUCCUUCCGCAGCUUUAUUUGGAGGGACAAGAUUAAUGACAUGGUGGACUUCCCUGUCCGGAGCCUGGACCUGAGCAAGUUCUGCAUCGGCCGGAAGGGCGAGCAGCAGCUGCCCAUGUAUGACCUGUAUGCUGUGAUCAACCACUACGGAGGCAUGAUUGGGGGGCACUACACGGCGUACGCCCGCCUGCCCAACGACAAGAACAGCCAGCGCAGCGACGUAGGCUGGCGGCUCUUCGAUGACAGCACAGUCACCACUGUGGACGAGAGCCAGGUGGUAACCAGAUACGCAUAUGUCCUCUUCUACCGCCGGAGGAACUCUCCUGUGGAGAGACCCCUGCCAGGGCACCCCCCAGACCACCGAGCCGAGCGCACCCCCUCUGCCGAAGCUGCUGCCAGCCAGGCUUCUCUGAUCUGGCAGGAACUGGAGGCUGAAGAACAAGAGCUGCAGCUUGAGGUGCCCCAAAAGCCUGCAAGAAACUGCUGGAGGCCCCGUGGCCAGAAGCGGAGUCCAGGCACCCCCCAGCACCCAGACGAAGGCUGUGUCAGAUACUUUGUCCUGGCCACCACGGCCGCAAUUGUGGCUCUCUUCCUGAAUGUCUUCUACCCGCUCAUUUACCAGACCCGCUGGAGAUAGGCACAGGCACACGGCCAGCUGCGGGAGCAGGGACACUGGGGCAUGUGCCGUCCUAGGACACUAUGAGACGAAGAUGUCGAGAGGCAGGACAGAAACCACUGGGAAGGACUCGCCGAGGGAAGUGUGGCGCCGUCGGCUCCUGCCUGUCUGCUCUGGCAUCUCCUGUGCCAGCUGGCAGGGCUGCGUGGCCAGCCUGCUGCCUUGCCAAGGCGCAGCCCAGAACCAAGAGCCCCUUUGCCCUCCCUCACUGUUGCUGCUUGCUGGGAGCGGGGCAGACCUCAGGAAGGGAUGUUGCUGCUGCAGUGCAGCCAGGGCCUGAGAGCCCCCCAGGACCAUCGACCGCCUAUGCUUGGCUCCCAAGAAAGAAGCGGAGACCUACUGCGAGGCUGCAGCAAGGGCAGGAUGCCCUGACACGGGUCCUGCUCCAGCCGCCUCUCCCAGCUGUGCUGCGGCGGGAGCCUUGUGCUCCCUGGGACUGGUGCAACUCAUAUCUCCUGGGCCAGCCCAGGCCCUCCUGCCAGCCUCCUGCUGAGCCUCCUGUGCACUGGGAGUUGUGCGCACUGUGCCCCCAUGCUGGGGCCUAACGGGCUUGUCACCGAGGGCUUGCAUGCUUCUGUGCUUCCCUGCUCAGCCAGAGGCUCAGCCCUGCUGCAGCUCCUCUCCUCUGGGCAGCUGCUGGGGACCCUGGCAAUCUGGGCUGGGGUUCCCAUGGUGAGCGCCCACCUCUGUGGGCUGCUGGCUCCCACCAGUCCCCAGCGCUGUGGGGUGUGUGGGCUGUCCCUGCUUGGCCCCAGCUGGCUGCAUCUGGGGGUGCCAGGUCUCUGCCAGGGGAGUGCAGUGCAGCACCUCAUUUGCGAGGGGACCAGCUGCCUGUGCUGUGGGAGAAGCAUGGGGUCGGGGAGCGCAGGUAGAACCUUGGUGUGUCAAUAAAGCCAGGUUUU